AUGUCCUUCAAUCCCCCCAAGUACGGUGACGAGGUCCAAAAAGUGUCCAAAGACACACCACUCGAAGAGAUCGUGUAUUUGCUCAAACGAGACGGUGGGGUUUUUAUCAAGAACCUCAUUCCGGAAAGUGACGUCGACCAAGCCCAUGAGGAAGUCAAAUCGCGACUGGACGAGGAUGUCGAAUGGAACGGUUCAUUCUUUCCAGCACAAACCCAACGGGCUCCAUCCCUUAUCGCCAGAAGCCCGACCUACACCAAGACCCAGCUCAUGAACCCACUCUUCCGCGCCGUCUGCGACCACUUCCUCACCUCCCGCCGAUGGUACUGGUGGGGUGAUGAGAAGAAACUCUCCGUGUCCAAGCCCUACGUGCAUUCCUGCGUGGCGAUGCGCAUCGGUCCUGGCGGCACGGCCCAGCCCCUGCACCGGGACGACUACAUCAGCCAUCGCUGGCACCAGGAGAUUGGGCAAUGGGACGAUGUCCGCGACGCCGAGCGCGAGGCCUCCGUCGGACUGUUCGUGGCCGGCUGCCGCGUCACCAAGGAGAAUGGGGGCACGGCGUUCAUCCCGAGGAGCCAUCUAUGGGGUUCCGACCGGACGACUCCCCCAAAAGUGGAGCAGUGUAUCUACGCCGACAUGGAGAAGGGCGAUGGGUUCAUCAUGCUUGCCUCCGCGUAUCACGGCGGAGGCGCAAAUAUCACCCAGGAGGAGAAACGCUUGAUGUUCGCCACCUUCAUCAUUCGGGGUUACCUGCGUCAGGAGGAGAAUCAGUUCCUGGCCGUGCCGGCCGAUGUCGCCCGCAGCUAUGAUCGGGAGGUCCAGGAAUACAUGGGGUAUACGAUGAGUGAGCCGGCGUGUGGCUGGGUCGAGCAGCUGGAUCCGAUUUACCACUUACGUCCGGAGUUGAAGGAAGAUGAGCGACCGACGGAUUUCUAG